CCUCGCAAGGAACGGAGGAAUACAUAAACACGAGAAUUCGAUCUGCAUCGUAAAAAGAAAAAUAUCCCAGUCCAUACUUCCCUUCUGCGGUUCUGCCUGUGUAGCCGGAAAGUCUCCUGCGUUGAAUCCAGAGAUCGGAGAUGGGUCCCAUCGUGGUGUCUCAGCUUGCAACGGGCCUGGGCGUCUUAGCAGGUGCGGUGUUGGUGAAAUCGGUGAUGGAACAGAAGCCCAUGGCAGGGCCAUGGCCAAGGUGUCCCAGUUGCAACGGCACUGGACGAGUCAACUGCAUGUGCACACGCUGGUCCGACGGCGAUGUUGGCUGCCGGACUUGUGCUGGGUCCGGUCGCAUGGCAUGUAGCAGCUGCGGCGGCACCGGUACUGGUCGACCCAUCCCGGUUCAACUCUCUGUACGUUCUCCCAAUCGUCCCUCAUAACUUAUUAACUCGGUUCCGAUCAGAAUCUCAGCUCAGCUUUUUAUGUUCUCUGUUUUCGCUCCGUUUGUUUCAGUGUAAAAUAUGGGCGGAAUUAUUUUCAGGCUGAGAUAUAUCUGAGCUAUAUAUGUUUUCCCCUUUUACCAUCAAAAUUCUGUUUUCCUUGGUGAUUUGAUUUAUAAAAGGGGGAGAAAUAAUAGCUGAAAUAUUCCAGUGUGAACAAAAUUACCUCCAUUUUACGGAGAAACAAACGCAAUAGUUGGACUUUUGCUUUUGGAUCCUCCUUUAAUGUCUGUAAUAUAAACCUAAAAGUGCUAGGAGACAGAAUUAUUUGAUUAUAAUUCUAUGAUAAUAUAUUUUUUUUUAGUUAUAGUUAAUGAAUGAGAAAUGGGAAUGUUGAUGUAAAUUGGAUUUUU